CCCCCCUUCCCUUCUUACUUUCCAUUCACCCUCAAACCAACUUCAACAUAUCCCUCCACACACACACUCUCUCUCUCUCUCUCUCCAAAUGGAUGCUAUUGUUCUUCUCCACAUUGCAUCAUUGGCCUCUCUUCUUGUUGCAACAAGUGCAAGAAUCCCUGGAGUUUACUCUGGUGGCCCUUGGCAGAGUGCUCAUGCCACCUUCUAUGGUGGCAGUGAUGCCUCUGGAACAAUGGGUGGCGCUUGCGGGUACGGGAACUUGUACAGCCAAGGGUACGGAGUGAGCACUGCAGCGCUGAGCACAGCGUUGUUCAACAAGGGGCUAAGCUGCGGCGCGUGCUUCGAGAUAAAGUGCGACCAAGAUCCGCGUUGGUGCAACCCUGGCAACCCUUCCAUCCUCAUCACUGCCACCAACUUUUGCCCUCCCAACUUCGCUCUCCCCAACGACAAUGGCGGCUGGUGCAACCCUCCUCGCCCCCACUUCGACCUCGCCAUGCCAAUGUUCCUCAAGAUCGCUCAGUACCGCGCCGGAAUCGUCCCCGUCUCUUACCGCCGGGUGGCAUGCAGAAAGACGGGGGGCAUCAGAUUCACAAUCAACGGCUUCCGAUACUUCAACCUGGUGCUGAUCACCAACGUCGCGGGUGCAGGGGAUAUCGUGCGCGUGAGCGUGAAAGGGAGCAAAACCGCGUGGAUGAGCAUGAGCCGCAACUGGGGGCAAAAUUGGCAAUCCAACGCAGUUUUGGUGGGCCAGGCCCUGUCCUUUAGGGUUACCGGCAGUGACCGUCGCACCUCAACGUCAUGGAACGUGGCACCACCUAAUUGGCAGUUCGGACAAACCUUCACGGGCAAGAAUUUCCGUGUCUGAAACAAAGGGAGAGAAAAAAAAAAACACAAAAAACAAAACAACAAUUAUAAUAACAAUAGUACUGAAAAUGUUGUUUGUUUGCUUCAGUUUCUCUCUGCUUCUAACUUUCCUCUAUUUUGCUGAGAAAGUUUUGGAGUGGGUGGUAGGGCUAAAAAAAAGUUAGUUACUAAGAUAAAGAUAGUUUUAGGAAAAGUGAAAGUGAAAAUAAGUUUAUUUAUAUAAUACUAUUUGAAUUAAUAUAAAUGUAAGGAGUGGGGGUUGGGGGGUGUUUGGAUUAAAUGUGAAAGUAUUUAAUGUAUGAACUAUGCUGGUAUAUUAAUUACCCAGCAUUAGCACUUUUUUUUUUUUUUUUUUUGUUUACUGAAAGUGUGAGGUGGCUGAGGAGGUUGCAAGAGGAACAUGUAGCCCGCAGCCUGGCUUUAUUAUUGACAUAAAUGUGCCAUCAUAUAAAUAAAUAUAAAUAAAAGAAUAUUUUACUU